UGGGAAUACACUCUCAUUCAGCGUUAGUUUUACGAGGAGCUAAAGUUAAGGGCUUGUUUGGUUGUUUGAAUUUUUUUGCUUCUAAGAAAUUUGUGAGAAAUGGCUGCAGCUUCAUCUGAGGAGGGACAAGUGUUCGGCUGCCACAAGAUUGAGGAAUGGAACGAGCACUUCCAGAAAGGUGUGGAGACUAAGAAAUUGGUGGUGGUGGAUUUUACUGCUUCCUGGUGCGGCCCUUGCCGUUUUAUUGCCCCAAUUCUUGCUGAGAUUGCUAAGAAGAUGCCCCAUGUUAUAUUCCUCAAGGUUGAUGUUGAUGAACUGAAGACUGUUGCGGAGGAAUGGAGUGUGGAGGCAAUGCCAACAUUUGUCUUUCUUAAAGAUGGGAAGGAAGUGGACAGGGUUGUUGGUGCCAAAAAAGAGGAGUUGCAGCAGACCAUAGUGAAGCAUGCUGCUCCUGCUACGGUGACAGCAUGAAUCUCCUUAAUCAAAUCCCAUAUUUAGUAUUGUCUUCUGUAAUAACCAAGUAACUUGUUCGAACUUCAAAGUAAGGAUGAUUGUAUGUUUUAUUAUCCACCAUGUUUUUAUUGCUUUUGUGAAACCUUUGUCUUGGUGCUUGGAAUCUGAUUUGUGCAUUUGGUGUUACUGAUGUUAGGCUAUAUGCCCAAUUCUACAGAAAGACUAUUUUCAGAUUUCUA